ACCAACAAGGAAGAGGAAGAAGUCGGUGCUGGCCGAGCUUUGCCGAUUUUGGCCGAGGUCGCGGAGAUCAGCUGACACGAAGCCCGCGUCGGUUUGUCAGGGCCCGGUAGUCGUGCUUCCUCUUGCGGCGGGGGGUUCAGUUCUCGUUAAAGAGCCACAUUAAAAAAAAAAAAGGAACACUCGUCGUCGGGGUGGUGGUGGCGGCGUGUGACUGCUGAGCGCGAAGAAUGCCGUCGUUGCUCUUCUGCGGGCCCAAAAUGGCCGCGUGCGGUAUGGUCAUCAGCAUUUGGGGAGUCAUCAUGUUGGUAAGAAAACAAGAUGUUUUGAUUUGCUGCCUGCAACAUUCUCCUUCUUCCGAUCCCCACAGCCAAGUGGGCAUCAACUGCUUCAGCGCGGCCGCCGUCUACGUGGCGGUGGGCGCCGUGUCGCUGUGCCAGGUUCGACUCAACAAGCGGCAGGAGUACAUGGUGACCUAAGAUGGCUGCCCCCCCCACGACUCACCCCCAACAGACAUGUUAUUUAUUUUGCCUUGAAAUACUGCGUACUCGUGACGUCAUUCCUCUGUUGUGACCUCCUCAGCGUUCUUUUCCGCAAGUAUAAAAGCAUGACAGGAAGUUUGAUAUCAAAGUUGUGUGAUUGUAGAUUUGUGUGGAAAUAAAAAUGACGAAAUCGUUUGGCAG